CUCAUAUCAAUGUAUGUGUGCGUGCGUUUUACUGAGUUGCAUGAUAUCACACACUUUUUCAAAGGACGGCCCCCAAAACGACUCAAUGAGCAGGGUGAGAACAAGACUUUGCAGGCAGGGUGUUUGAAAGGGGAUGAGGAAAGGAGGCUUGGUAGCUGGAUAGAUGGUAGUGUAGAACAAGUUAGACACAGGUAAAUACAGCAGAUACUUCUCCCAGAAACCAUCUGUUUAAGUUUAGGUAUUAAGCUCCCGUAUUCUUCUAAAUAGACAUAACUUUUUGGCAGUUAUUCAUUUAUUAUUCCUAAACUUUCUUUGAGGGAAGCAGGUCUGCAUCGCCCUUUUCCAUCCUGGCCGAGCCUGGAGUAACCCUGACUCCCCACCAUGAAGACCUUCUGCGUGUCUGUUGUUCUGCUGCACUUCAUCUGGACUUGCUACUGCCAAUUUCCUCGGCCAUGCGCCAACUCGGAGGGGCUACGGACCAGAGAGUGCUGUCCGGUGUGGGCAGGGGACGGCUCGCCCUGCGGCGCCCUGUCAGGCCGGGGAUUCUGCACAGAGGUGUUGGUCUCAGAUGAGCCCAACGGGCCUCAGUACCCACACAGCGGGAUCGACGACAGGGAGCGCUGGCCUUUGGCUUUCUACAACCGGACGUGUCGUUGUGCUGGAAACUACGGCGGCUUUAACUGUGGCGAAUGCAGGUUUGGUUACUGGGGUGCGAACUGUGCUGAGUACAGGGAGUCGGUGCGCAGGAACAUCCUGACCAUGUCAACUGCUGAGCAACAGAAGUUUGUGUCUUAUCUCAACCUGGCCAAAAACACCGUCAGCCGUGACUAUGUCAUCUCUACAGCAACGAGAGCAGAGAUGGGGGAAAACGGUGAGAACCCCAUGUUCUCUGACAUCAACACCUAUGACCUGUUUGUUUGGAUACACUACUAUGUAUCCAGAGACACCUUUCUGGGAGGACCAGGGAACGUAUGGAGAGACAUCGACUUUGCUCAUGAAUCGGCAGCAUUUCUGCCUUGGCACAGAGUCUUCCUGCUUCACUGGGAGAACGAGAUAAGAAAACUAACAGGAGAUUUUAACUUCACCAUCCCAUACUGGGACUGGAGGGAUGCCCAGUCCUGUGAGGUGUGCACCGAUGCUCUGAUGGGGGGACGCAGCUCCCUCAAUCCCAACCUCAUCAGCCCGGCUUCUGUCUUCUCCUCAUGGAAGGUGAUCUGCACCCAGCCAGAGGAGUACAACAACAGAGAAGCAUUGUGUAAUGCCACCUCAGAGGGCCCACUGUUGCGUAACCCCGGCAACCAUGAUCCAAACCGCGUGCCGCGGCUUCCUACGAGAGCUGAUGUGGAUUUCACUGUGGGCCUCCCCGACUAUGAGACGGGGCCCAUGGACCGAUUCGCCAACAUGAGCUUCAGAAAUGUCUUGGAAGGCUUUGCCAGUCCAGAGACGGGCAUGGCUGUGCCAGGGAUGAGCACCAUGCACAACUCUCUGCAUGUCUUCAUGAACGGCUCCAUGUCUUCUGUGCAGGGUUCGGCCAACGACCCCAUAUUCCUGCUGCACCAUGCUUUCAUUGACAGCAUCUUUGAGCGUUGGCUUAGGACCCAUCAGCCUAUCCGAACCAACUACCCUCGUGCCAAUGCUCCCAUUGGCCACAACGACGGCUACUACAUGGUGCCCUUCAUACCUCUCUACAGAAAUGGGGAAUAUUUCCUGUCCAACAAGGCUCUGGGAUAUGAAUACGCCUACCUGUUGGACCCUGGCCAGAGGUUUGUGCAGGAGUUCCUGACACCUUACCUGCAGCAGGCCCAGCAGAUAUGGCAGUGGCUCCUAGGGGCCGGGCUGAUUGGAGCUGUGAUUGCUACACUCGCUGCUGUGCUCCUUGUUCUCGCAAGAAGGAAAUGGAGGCGUAACCAGAGGAAGAAGAGGGCACCGAGUUAUGGAGAGAGACAGCCCCUGCUGCAGAGCAGCUCGGAGGAAGGUUCAUCAUCGUACCAGACCACUCUUUAACACACACAGAUCCCACCCAUAUUGUUUAACAUGACUAUAAAAAUACUCAGGAUGACAUUUUUUUUCAUCAAGCCCAUGAAUUAGAUUAAUCUAGUUCCAAGAUUACCUGUCAUCUAUUCAAUUCAAUAAAUCCAACACUGAUUUUAAAAUUUGUUUAAGAUGGUGAAGCAUAUAAAAAUCAUGUAUGUAUUUAUACCUUAACCUAUAGAAGAGAUAUUGUGUGUGAAGCCGUUGCCUUUAGGAUAUUUACCUACAAAAGAAAAUAAAUUAAGUCCAUUUAUUUUCUGGUGGGAGUUCUGCAAAAUGUGAAAUGACCCAAUCUUAGCAGAAAAAAAAUGGGGACUACCUGUCAAACUGACAACUCUUCCAAGAUUUGGGACUAAUCAGCCAGAUAUUAUAGAAGCAUUAAAAUAACCCAAACAAGAGUGUACUCAUCAGAAACCUACAUGGCUAAAGGUUCUCGCACUCACUUACGGCAGAAAAUGACAGAACCUGAGUCAACAAAGUGAUUAUGCUGCUUUUUUUCCCCUGUGGACCGACACCUUACAUAACUAUCCUUGUAUUAACACUUUAUUUGGGAGUAGUGAAGUUUACAGGCUGCAUACCAUGCACUAGCACACACCUUUAAUGCUGGCCAAAGUAUGGCAGCAUAAUAUGAACCAAUUAUACUGUCUUUUAAGUUUACAAAUUGACCCUUUGCAGAAAAAAACUGAAUGUCAAACACACUCUGGUGUUUUACCAAAGGUGCUAAAGUGUCAUUCGUUUGAUAUUGUCACACGCAGCAAAGAAAUUAGAAAAAUGAUGACAAUCAAUCAUGAGAUUGUACAUGUUGCAUUAAAGCCUGAUUCCAUCCGCAUGUCUGCUUUGUUUUUCUCAGAUACUUUUUAAUCUAUUAAAGAAUAUAUUUUGCAUGUAUUUCGACAAAAAUAGUCAUAUGUGUAAAUGUGUUGAUGAUAAGUGUAUUGAUGCCAGCCUUGGCAGCUGAUAAAUGCCAUCCCAUAUGGCCUCUGUAAGCAUCUCGUAUAGAUAGGAAAGUUUAGAAGACUAAAUUAGCUCUAAUUAAUGUUGGGAAAUAGCCUA